CUAGGGAGUUUGAGCCGGACUCUGCAAACAGUCGAAUCUGAAUUUAAGUAAGGCUAAAUUUGAGUAGCCGGGCUCGCUUGCAUCAAAGCUCUCAACUUUCCUCUUUCCAUCCUUCUUCCAAACCCACAACCCUGUCAACUCCGCCACAAAUCUCCCUUCAAUUCCACCACUUAAACCCAAAACUAGACCAACCUAAUCCCUGAAAAUGGCCAAAACCAAGAAAAGAUCACAUUCCCAGCGCUCCCCUUCCCCGCCGUCCCGGAACCCCACACCCCCAAAACACCCGAUUUUCCCUUCCUACCAAACAACCCCAAAUAUCCAGCCCAAAGUCAAACUCCUCUGUGAAAUCAUCUCCACGACGCCUUCGUCCACAGUCGAAGCCCUGCUAGAAGGCGCGGGCCUCCGCGUAACCCAACCCGACGUCGAAAACGUUCUCAAGCUCUCCUACUCUUUCCCCUCCCAAGCCGUCAAGUUCUUCCGUUGGUCAGGCUACCAACUACAACACCAACAUUCUCCUUACUCCUGGAACCUCGUCGUCGACUUGUUGGGUAAGAACGGUCUCUUUGAUGCAAUGUGGGACGCCGUUAAGUCCAUGAAAAAAGAAGGGAUAGUUUCUUUGGCUACUUUUGCUUCUAUUUUUAGUAGUUAUGUUAGUUUUGAUAAAGUUAGGGAAGCUAUUUUGACUUUCGAAGUGAUGGAACAGUAUGGCUGUGUUAGGGAUAUUGCCGCUUUGAAUUCUUUGAUUAGUGCUAUUUGUAGGGAAGGUAAAACUAUUGAUGGCUUGGAGUUUUUGAGAGUUAUUAAGAGUAGGAUUAGGCCGGAUUCGGAUAGUUUCGCGAUUUUGCUAGAAGGGUGGGAGAAAGAAGGGAGUGUUAGUCUUGCAAAAGAGACUUUUGAAGAGAUGGUUAUGGAAAUAGGGUGGGAUCCUGGGAAUGUACCGGCUUAUGAUUCGUUUUUGAAUACUUUAAUUAAGGGGAAGGAUGGGAUUAAUGAGGUUUUGAAGUAUGUUGACGUACUGCAGGAGAGGAGGUGUUAUCCGGGGAUGAAGUUCUUUAAGGAAGUACUGGAGGGUUUUCGGAAAGUUGGUGAUGUUAGAGGAGCUGAGUUGAUUUGGGAGGCAAUGGUGGGGAAGGUUGGGUUUAGGCCAGAUACAGAGAUGUAUAAUUUGAUGAUUGCUUUGUAUUCUUCUAAGAAUUAUAUGGAUAUGGCAAAGAAGAUGUUGGAUGAGAUGGUGUAUACUGGGGCAUUUCCAGAUUUGCAAUCUUAUAAUUUGCUGUUUCAUUUCUUGAUUAAGAAUAGGAAGCUGAAGGAUGCUUCAGUGUUGUUCAAUGAAAUGGUUAAAAAUGAGUGUUUUCCAAGCAAAGCAAAUUGUAUUGCAGCAGUUAAGAUUUUUAUUGACAUUGGGGACCCUUAUAUGGCCAUAAAAGUUUGGAAAUUCAUGAUAGACAAUUAUGAUUCUGAUUUGGAGGAGACUGGAAAUUUGUUGGUUGUUGGGCUUCGUGAUGCAAAACUGCUUCCUGAGGCAGUUAAGUAUGCUGAGGGUAUGAUCGAGAAAGGAAUCAAGGUCACAUAUUCCACAUUGUCAAAAUUGAAACAGGGUCUUAGCAAAGCGAGAAAAGAAGGGGUAUAUGAAGAACUUUUAAGAAAGUGGAAAUCCUGUUAGGCGGGUUGAAAUUGCUUGAAAUCUAUCUUAGAAACAGUGCCUCAUCAUAUUGUGUAUUGUGUCCUGUUGCCUGUGUGGCCUGCACAAUUUUUUCGUCACAGAAAAAUUUCAGUAUAUAUUAUCUUUCUUUUGUAUAUGUGAUAAAUAAUAUAAAUUUGCUCUAUGGAUAACUAAUGAAUAAGUUAACUCAUUUAAUGCCAUCUGCCUAAUAUUAAACCAUUUUUAUGGGGCAGGACUCAGCUUCCUGGUAUUGUAAAGUC